ACGUUAAAAUCAAUCAAUGAGAUAAGAGGGGAGGAAUUCCUGUCAAUGAAGAAACUUUGCAUUUACACCAAGAUAAUACUUGAGUCAUGCUGAGCGGAGUUCACGAGUUCAAUAAUGUUACAGCGGUCGACACUUUCAUAUGAUAAACCACCAAAUGAAUGAGUGAAUUCUACGCGGGGAGAUUCUGUCAGAAUUUGAAAACCAACUUUAAUGUCAAAUAAUACGUUGAGUGAACACUAAAAAUAAAUGAUUAACCCGUUUAUACCGUAAAAACAGCGCGUGUUCAGUGGAGCUGUCAGUUUUUAUUGCUCAUUCAACCAACCAGCAGCAAAAUAUUGAGUUGUCUCGAGCGCUGCCCGCCCGCGUUUUAAAGGGCCACCGCAGGUAUUGACAAGUUUGUUGUCCGAACAUUUCAGCUUGCCAUCACAUACCAUUGACGAACCUGGAUUCACUAAACUUGUAUCAUGUCGUCGGGAGCAGAGAAAAGGCUAGACAGCCGAAUGAAAAAGUUGGAAUUCAUGAUCAGAGACCCGAAGUCAGCGUUAAACUUGGAGAGUUUACUGGAGUCCAUGAAUGCCUUGGCCCUGGAUCUGGACUACCCUGCACUACGAAAAAACAAAAAUAUAGACGCCUUCUUAAACCGAUAUGAGAAGUCCAUGGUUAAGAUGCGUGACCUGCAGGUAAAGCUGGAUGACUUUGACAGGGUGAAGAUGAUCGGCAGAGGAGCCUAUGGAGAGGUGCAACUGGUCCGUCACAAGGCGUCUCAGAAGGUGUACGCCAUGAAAAAGCUGAGCAAGUUUGAGAUGAUCAAGCGCUCGGACUCUGCCUUCUUCUGGGAGGAGAGAGACAUCAUGGCUUUCUCCAACAGCCCCUGGGUCAUCCAGCUGUGCUGUGCUUUCCAAGAUGACCGCCACCUUUACAUGGUUAUGGAGUAUAUGCCCGGUGGAGACCUGGUCACCUUGACCAUGAACUAUGACAUGCCAGAGAAGUGGGCCCGAUUCUACACUGCCGAGGUGGUGCUGGCUCUAGAUACCAUACACUCUAUGGGUUUCAUCCACCGUGACGUGAAACCAGACAACAUACUGCUGGACCAAAAUGGCCACCUCAAGCUGGCUGACUUCGGCACCUGCAUGAAGAUGGACUCGAUGGGCAUGGUCCACUGUGACACGGCGGUGGGGACUCCAGACUACAUCUCCCCCGAGGUGCUCAAUUCUCAGGGGGGCGACGGCUACUAUGGCCGCGAGUGUGACUGGUGGUCUGUGGGGGUCUUCAUCUUUGAGAUGCUGGUCGGUGACACCCCAUUUUAUGCCGAGUCACUAGUAGGAACGUACGGGAAGAUCAUGGAUCACAAGAAUAACCUUAACUUCCCAGACGAUGUGCAGAUGUCCAACGAUGCCAAGGACCUCAUCUGUGCCUUCCUGUCUGACAGGGAGGUGCGCCUGGGGAGGAACGGCGUGGAGGAGAUCAAGAGACACCCCUUCUUCAGAAAUGACCAGUGGACCUUCCACACCAUCCGACAGACAGUGGCCCCAGUUGUACCAGAGCUGAGCAGUGACAUAGACACCAGUAACUUUGACGAGAUUAAGGAUGACAAAGGCGACGUGGAGACCUUUCCCACACCAAGGGCCUUUGUGGGCAACCAGCUGCCAUUCGUGGGCUUCACCUACUUCAAAGAAGACCAGCUGCUGAGAGGUGGGAAUACAGGGAUAUCUGUGGAGGACUCUAAAGACUGUAAGGAUAGCUCUGAGGAAAAAGAGGACAGCAUCAAAGGAGAGCUGCAAAAUAAACUCAAUUGUCUGGAGGAGCAGCUCAACCAUGAGAUGCAGGCCAAAGACGACCUCGAGCACAAGUGCAAGACUACCACUAGCCGUCUAGAGAAGCUGGUCAAAGAGAUCGACGAGGAGAUGAACAGCAGGCAGAGAGUGGAGUCAUCGCUGAGGCAGCUGGAGAGAGAGAGGGCCCUGCUGCAGCACCAGAGUGCUGAGAACCUCCGCAAGGUGGAGAUGGAGGCAGGCAGGAAACGCAGCCUCGAGAAUGAGCUAAAUGGCCUGCGGGACCAGCUUGAAGAGCUGAAGAGGAGGAACCAGAACUCUCAGCUCUCCAACGAGAAGAACAUCCACCUGCAGAGACAGCUGGAGGAGGUGACAGCGGUGCUGGCCGAGGAGCAGGAGGCGACGGGGCGGCUGCGGAGGAGCCAGUCAGAGGCCCAGAAGCAGGCCCAGGCCCUGGAGUUCAACCUCAGGGAGCUGGUGGACAACUGCACCCAGCUGGAGAACGCCAAGAUGGGCCUGGAGCAGCAGCUUAUGGGUCUGCAGGCCGAUCUGGAGGCCGAGAGGCAGGACCGCAGCCUAGGGACAGAGAUUAUACUGGACCUGCAGGGGCAUAUCCAGGGUCUGGAGGCGGAGGUGAAGCACGUGAAGGGUUCUCUCUCCAAUUCACAGAUGGAGAAGAGGCAGCUACAGCAUAGGCUCACUGACAUGGAAAAGGAGAAGAGCAACCAGGAGAUUGACCUGGCGUUCAAGCUCAAGUCACUGCAGCAGAGCUUUGACGCGGAGCGGGCAGAGCACAAGGUCACCAAGACACGCCUGGCUGACAAGAACCAGAUCUACGAGUCCAUCGAAGAAGCCAAGUCUGAGGCCCUGAAAGGGAUGGAGCGGACGCUGCAGGAGGAGCGGAGCCACAAGCUGCAGUUGGAGUCCAGGCUGCUGCACCUGGAGAAGGAGCACUCCAUGCUGGACUGUGACUACAAGCAGGCUGAGCACAAACUGGACGAGCUGCGCACGCACAAGGACAAACUCGCUGAGGAGGUGAAGAACCUGAGCCUGUGUAUGGAGCAGGAGGAGAAAAAGCGCAUGCUGAGCCAGAACGACCUGAAUGUCCAGACCCAGCAGGUGACUGCUCUGUGCUCCUCGGAGAAGCAGCUGAAGCAGGAGCUCAACCACCUGCUAGACAUGAAGCACAGCCUGGAGAAACAGAACCAGGAGCUACGCAGGGAGAGACAGGAGACUGACGGACAGCUGAAGGAGAUGAAGGACCAGCUGGAGGCUGAACAGUAUUUCACGACCCUGUACAAGACCCAGAUCCGGGAGCUGAAGGAGGAGUGUGAUGAGAGGAACAAGCUGUAUAAGGACAUUCUGCAGAGACUGGAGGAGUACCAGGAGGAAAGGGAUUCCCUGGCAGCACAGCUGGGGGUGAGCCUAACCAAGGUGGACUCUGAACAGCUGGCGCGCUCCAUCGCCGAGGAGCAGUACUCCGAUCUGGAGAAGGAGAAGAUCAUGAAGGAGCUGGAGAUAAAGGACAUGAUGGCCCGACACAGGCAGGAGCUAGGGGACAAGGAGGCCACCAUCGGCUCGCUGGAGGAGUCCAACCGCACCCUGACCGUGGACGUGGCCAACCUGGCCAAUGAGAAAGAGGAGCUCAAUAACCAACUGAAGGAGAUGCAGCAACAGCUCCAGAAGGCCAGGGAGGAGGAGAGACAUAUGAACAGUGUGAAGAUGUCCUUCGAGAAGAAUCUGCAGACGGAGAGAACACUUAAGAUACAGGCGGUCAACAAGCUGUCUGAAAUCAUGAACCGGAGGGAGACGAUGCGUGCGGGUCACCGCCACGAUGACACCCUGGACAUGCGCAGGAAGGAGAAGGAGAACAGGAAGCUACAGCUGGAGCUGAGAUCGGAGAAGCAGAAACUCAACAGCACCAUCAUAAAGUACCAAAGAGAGAUAAACGAUAUGCAGGCGGUGUUAUCAGACGAGAGCCAGGUGCGCAUGGAGCUCCAGAUGGCCUUGGACAGUAAGGACAGUGACAUUGAGCAGCUGCGCUGUCAGCUGACCUCUCUUAGCAUCCACUCUAUGGACUCCACCAGCAUCAGCAGCAGUAACGACAUGGACGACAGCGGUUACCCAGAUACCAGGCUGGAGGGCUGGCUAUCACUUCCUAUGAAGAACACCAAGAGAUUUGGAUGGGAAAGAAGGUACGUGGUUGUAAGCAGUAAGAAGAUCUUGUUCUACAAUAGUGAUAUGGACCGAGAGCAGUCCAACCCCUACAUGAUCCUAGACAUUGAUAAGCUGUUCCACGUCCGACCAGUCACUCAAACAGACGUGUACCGUGCUGACACCAAAGAAAUCCCCAGGAUAUUCCAGAUCCUUUACGCCAAUGAGGGCGAGAGCAAGCGGGAGCAGGAGUUUGCGGUGGAGCCGCCGGCGCUGGCGGGCGAGCACUCGUCCUACGUUAAGCACAAGGGUCACGAGUUUAUCCCCACUCUCUACCACCUGCCGUCGAGCUGCGAGGCAUGCACGCGGCCCCUGUGGAACGUGUUCAAGCCGCCGCCCGCGCUGGAGUGCCGCCGCUGCCACACCAAGUGCCACAAGGACCACUUAGACCGGAAUGAGGAGGCCAUUGCCCCCUGCAGAGUGAACUACGACAUAUCCACGGCCAAAGACCUACUCCUAUUGGCCGGCUCUCAGGAGGAGCAGCAGCGAUGGGUCAGCCGGCUAAUCAGACGCAUCCCGAGGAAACAUCCUGGACCCGCCUCCGUGGCCCAAGCCCCUGAGCCACCCUCCCACUCCUCCCCCCGACUCUCCCCUGGCGCCUCCCCCGGCAACUCUCCAAGCCUGUCCCCCCACCGCGGAGCCAUCAAGGUCCAGCCCAGUCGCCAGCAGACUCAACCUGCAGGGAAGCCCAGCUUACCUCUAUAAUACAAUGGUUUGGUGUAUCCUCUCACAUCAUGUGGACUUUGACUGGAGCCUGGACACACAGUGGAACACACAUCUACUUGCCUUGUUCACAAAUGGCACCCUAUGGCUCUGGUCAAAAGUAGUGCACUCUAUAGGGAAUAGGGUGCCAUUUGAGACACACCCAAAGACUGCAAACCGCCAAGCAUUUACAAAUCUUUUAUGGGAAGAGGGUAAAGGUUAAUGUUGCAUUUACAGUGCCUUCGGAAAGUACUCAGACCCUUGACUUUUUCCACAUUUACAUUACAGCCUUAUUCUAAAAUGGAUUAAAUAAAUAAAAAAUCCUCAGCAAUUUACACACAAUACCCCAGAAUGAUGAAGCAAAAACAGGUUUGUAUACAUUUUUGCAAAUGUAUUAAAGAUAAAAAACAGAAACCUUAGUUACAUAAAUAUUUAGACCCUUUGCAAUGAGAUUUGAAAUUGAGCUCAGGUGCAUCCUGUUUCCAUUAAUCAUCCUUGAUGUUUCUACAACUUGAUUGGAAUCCUGUGGUAAAUUCAAUUGAUUGUACAUGAUU